CCAAGGCCAGACUACGUACAAAAUUUGCGUAGAAAUAUCGAAGCUACCAUUUUCCGGUAUUCUCUUUUCUUUCUCUCUCAUCACUCUCGGUCGUCCUCUUUGUACUGGUGUACACUUUAUCUCCCCCCGCCCCGCUUCCGUUCGUCGCUCCCACCGUCCCCCUUCCGUUCGUCGCUCCCCCGGCAGCUUUCGAUCAUCCCGUCCUGUCCCAUCUAAGCGUAGACCAUGGAGGCUGAGGUGGGAAGUGAUAUAAGCGCCGAUUUUGGGAAGCUGGUCGCGGGGGAGCGGGAAGAUUUUAGGUGGACGAAUUCGGGGGGUUUGGUUGAAGGUGAUGUAGUCUGCGCCAUCUGUUUGGAGAAGGUAUUGAUCCAGGAGACCGCUCUUGUAAAAGGUUGCGAGCACGCUUACUGUUUGACAUGUAUCCUAAGAUGGGCAACCUACAAGGAGAAUCAUUCGUGUCCCCAAUGCAAGCUUCCAUUUGAUUUCUUGAACGUCCAUCGUUCUCUUGAUGGCUGUAUCCAUGAUUACAUGUUUGAAGAAAGUGUCUGCCUUCUUCUUAGAGCCACCUGGUUCAUUCCUCUUGCCAUAGAAGCUCAAGAAAAUAAUUGCGAAGAGGAAGAAGACCUGUCUUCUUACUACUAUGAUGUACAGAUUGAAGAUGAAGAAGAUGAUGGAGAAGAUGAGGCUUAUUUUACCGGAGGUUCAUCCAGAAUCCGAAUUGGCAAUAGGAGGUGGGGAGACAAUGGUUUUGUGAGGGAUGGACGGAAGGAAGCGAGGCCGGUGAACCGGCAAGCACCGGAGGAGUUUGAAGCUGGUCCGUCUCGCCGGCCAAAGAUGAAAGAAGUUGCCAGUAAAGCUCCGCCGCCUGGCCGACGGGCUAAGAGAGCUCUGCGGAGAGAAGCUGAAGAUAAGGCUGCUGCUACCAAACACCAGCAACAUCUUCAGAGGUUAGGGCUAAAGUAAUACUUUACAUGUAGGGGAUUGUUUGGCUGCCUAAUCUCCCACUGUACAGUAUAUCAACCUUGUUGAAUAAAUCUAUUAUGUAAUUUCUUUUUACUAUUAUAUAGUUAAAAGAAAGAAAUUAGUUGUAAUAUUUCAGUUC